GCGCCGCUUCUGGAAACCACGCGCGAGGGGACACGAGUUCAAGCCCUGGUCCGGGAAGAUCCCACAUGCAGCGGAGCAAGCCUGUGUGCAGCAACGAAGACCCAACGCAGCCAAAAGUAAAUAAAUAAAAAUUUGAAGAAAAGAAAAAGGCCAACAAUCAUAAAGAAAAAUGAGCUAGAGGUGCCCCAGGGAAAGUGUGGAGACACAGACUAUCUCCAGGCAGCAGUGGCUGCAGGAGGAAGAUGAUAAAGCAGCAGUCACUUCAUUCUGCUGGUUCAGGGCCAUGGACAUCAAGGAUGGCAGCUGGGCAGCUGUGCCAGCCAACUGCUCCCUGGCACCUCUGCAUCCAUCAGGGAGGCCAGGGCUUGGAGAGUGACCAACCACCAGCUGUCUGCAGGCUUGCGGAGGUUACUGUUCCUUAAAUGCCCACCCAAGUGCUUGGGGUCUGACUUUCAGCGCCUGAGGGCGCCAGACCAGGCUCCCGAGUCGUGAGCCAGGGGCCUGCAGGAGGUCGUGCAUCCGGAACCGGGAGGCUGGGACAGCUCGCAGAGGAGACAAGCCCAGAGGGACCUGCGGAGCCCCAAGUGGCUCCGAACCGCUGGGCCAUGGGCUGGUCGAGGGAGCCCCAAAAGAGACCCGCAGUCUGGCCCGGGAUGGGGGGCGGUCGGGAGGUCGGAGCAGUUGCGCCCGCAUGAUACCCAAGAGCCGAGGAGGGGAGAGGGCUCUGGAGGAGUGGCUGCCGCCUGCCUGCACUCCGACGCUCCCGGGAGCCUCGUCCUCACCCCCAGCUCAGCUCCCCCUCCCUCAGCUCCUGGGCCCAGUCGGGCGGUGCGCCGCUCGCGACCAGGCAGAACGCAGAGGAGCUCCGGAGCAGCGGCAUGGAGGAGGAGCUGGCGUGGGAGACCCAGGGCCUGCUUCCUCUGGAGAGGCAGCUCCACGAGGCUGCCCGCCGGAACCACGCUGGGAGGAUGAAGGAGCUGAUCGGGAGGAGAGUACACAUCAGGGCCAGAAAUCACGUGGGCAGGGCGGCCCAGCACCGGGCCGCGGGCGCAGGGCACGAGCAGGCUGUGCGGCUGCUCCUGGAACACGAGGCUGCUGUGGAUGAUGAGGAUGCGGUACGGGUCCCCUCACGCAGGCAUGUCUGUUUUGGGAUGAAUGCGCUUCUCCUGUCUGCCUGGUUGAUCCUCCAGAUCCUGGGCAACUCUGGGGCCAAGAUCCACUGUAAGAACAAGGACGGCCUGACCUUACUGCACUGCGCAGCCCAAAAAGGCCAUGUGCCAGUGCUGGCGUUCAUAACGGAGGACCUGGAGGACGUGGCCCUGGACCAUGCUGACAAGCUGGGAAGGACAGCAUUUCAUUGGGCUGCAGAGCACGGGCAGCUGGGUUCUCUGGACUUCCUUGUGGGCUCUGGCUGUGACCACAAUGUCAAAGACAAGGAGGGGAACACAGCCCUUCACCCGGCCGCCCGCUGGGGCCACCUGGCUGUGCUGCAGCGACUCCUGGACGUCAGGCUGGACAUGGAGGAGCGGAAUGCGGAAGGUCUGACUGCCCUGCACGCAGCUGCUGAAGGGAUCCACCCCCGCUGUGUGCAGCUCCUCCUCAGGGCCGGGAGUAGCGCGAGCGCCCUCUCCCAGAAAAAGCAGAGCUGCUUCCACUACGCAGCCCUCGGUGGCUCUGAGGACAUGACCUGGGCCCUCGUCCAUGCAGGAGGCAGCACUGACAUGGCUGAUCAUAUACGUCAGGGCGCCUCUCCUGCGCACAUCACCGUGAGGUACAACUUCCCCGUCCUGGUGCAGCUCCUCAUCGACACCGGCAGUGACCUGGACGCCGUUGACAAUGCAGCAGACACCCCUCACCUUGCGUCCGAGUAUGCCUGGCAGGACAUAGCGGAUAUUCUCCUCAUUGCUGGGGUUAACUUAAACCUGAGAGAUAAGCAAGGAAAAACCGCCUUGCCAGUGGCCGCCCACAUCAACCAUGUCAGCCUGGUGGACAUGAUCAUAAAAGCCGAUCGCUUCUACAGAUGGGAGAAGGACCAGCUCUCAUGCAGGGACCUCUGUGACCCCUCUGGGAAGAGCUUGACCUUUAAGCAGGACCAUCGGCAGGAAACGCAGCAGCUCCGCUCUGUGCUGUGGUGACUGGCCUCCAGGUACCUGCGGCCCCACAAGUGGAAGAAGCUGGCGUAUUGCUGGGAGUUCACCGAGGCCCACGUCCACGCCAUCGAGCAACAGUGGACAGGCACCAAGAGCUACCGGCAGCACGGGCACUUCACAGCCAGUGAGAAUGCCAGCAGAGCGCUAUUCAAAGGCCUCGUCGCCAUUGGCAGGAGGGACCUGGCUGAAAGCAUCAGGAAGAAAGCAAACGAUGACUCUAGCGCCCCAAGGAGGUGCACAGCCAUGUAA